AUUUAUUAAUUUCCAAUUUAUUAAUAUAAUAUUUUUUUAUUUUAUCUUCGAUAUUUGGUCGAUAGAGUCACCCUGAAACUGCAACACAAAAAAGGGAAAUUAAAAUAUGACGUCAUGGCUAUUGGGAAUUACCUUUGUCAAAUUUUGACAUUUUCAAAAUAAAUAUAUUUUUUCAUUCUUUUGCUUCGAUAAACACGGUAUUUUUGUUCCGAUAUUGAAACAAAGUAAAGACAUAUGGGGAAGAAAGGUUGCAGGUUAUUAAAAUAGGUCAUAUGUCAUGGGAAACAAACAUGAUAAGCCUGGACUCCCAACCAUUGAACAAGCCACAGAACCCAAUGUUGAUAUAAACAAAGGUUCUCAACCUAUAAAUGGAAGGAACAGUAAUGAGGCACAUGACAAUCAUGGAACAGUUGCAACAAUACAGGGUGAGCUGAAAGAAACGCAGGGAGAUAACACUGAAGGUUGGGUUACAAUAUCAUUGGCAACUCAAGAUGCCUUGGUAUUCAACCCACAGACCAGCUAUACAUUAUGUGCAGGUGUAGGCAGACAGUUGAAGAUGGACACAGGCCAUCUAGGCGUAGCGGCAGACAAUGAUGCUAACCUCAUACACUCUGUGUUACACCAGAAAUUUGACAUUCCAGAGAAAAAUUCCACGUUACUCUCGAGUGAAAAAGAAAAACAAGCUACAUUAGAAAAUAUACAAUGUGAAUUACGAGCCAAGUCACAGCUUGUGGGGAAAGAUGGUAUUUUGGUUUUCCAGUUCUCCGGGCACUGUUACAAGCUGCAAACAGGGGAGGUGCUAUUAGCCCCAGCAGAUUGCAUGCGCACUAGGAGUACAACUCUUACUAUUCAGGACAUUAUUAACUGCAUACAGGGCACUAUUGCAUCCUACUUUGUGAUGAUCGUUGAUUGUUGCUAUGCCGAACUUGUUGCCGAACAAUUUAUCCUAAAAUGGGAAACAUUAGUCCCAACAUAUAUCCUUGCAUCUUGCAGCUCGAAACAGAAAUCAUUAUCUUUCAAAGAUUUGAAGAAUGGAUUUUUUACUUAUUUUCUUGUGAAAUAUUUUGAGGAUUAUAAAGAAAGGACAUUCCCAACUCUGACAGCUGUUGAUUAUUGUAAACCUCUCUGUGCAGCCAUGAGUACACUUGUCAGCACCACUGCGGAUGAUAAUGUGGACCCAGGGUAUGGUGCAGAUGCAGAGAUGUCCCCCAAAGCUGUAUUCUGUAACAUACAGGUGCUAGAGGAGAGGGUGCUGGUUCAUACUGGUGCAGUAGAUGACAUUGACUUCACACAGCAAACUUAUCCUUAUGAUUUUGCUGUGAAGUACCUGAUGUUAGAUCAAGCUAUUGGGAAAGGCUGUAGUCUCCCAGAGGUACCACAAGCCGUUAAAGUUUGGUUGAUGAAUGAUGCUACACCUGCCAUGGAGAAACUGAAGGGGGCCAGCCUCAUCCACCUGCCAGAGAUGUUUAGUACAGUGAUGGCUUUUCUUGCCCAGUCUGUGGCCAAACUCAUGUACAAGGAUGCAUUGGACAGUACAGGCUCCCAUGAACUCAUAUUUAGGAGUGAUUGGUUCAUAUUGGCUUUCAUCAGAGUCAGUGAGGCUUUGAGUCACGUGGAUGAGAGUCUGCAGCCAGAGCUUAAAGACAUGGAACAUUUUCUUGAAUACUACACAACGAAGGUAAAGUGGAUGACAGAGGAAGACUGGAGAAGUGAAGACCUGACAGAACUGAUUGACUUGUUGAACAAGGUCAGCAGAGACAAUAGGAUGGCACAACAAGGCAAACAACCUGUAGAUGAGAGCGACCAACUGGAUGGAUCACUGAAAGAACAGAUCUAUAUGACUCUAGAAAGCAUCCAGGAAGAAAUGAAAGCAACAUUUUUGCCACCAUUACUUGGAGACCACUAAGAACCAGGAAAUGCAUUUGAUUAGAACUUUCAAAUUUACAAUCUUCUACUUAAGAGGCAUAUACUGUUACACUUGCCAAUUGGUGUAAAAUCUGAACAUUAUUUUGAUGCUUGAAAUGCAUUGUUUGAACAUUAUUUUGACACCCACCUUCCUUGUGGAGUGAGCUUGUCUAAAGUAUACUCCCUGUGCACAAUACUAGUACAUUGUAUGUAAAACCAACCAACAUAAAGUAGAGCACAUUUUAACCCAUUGCAGUAGCAGCAUAUCUCAUGUACAUUCAAUUAGGGAUUUUAAAGCCCCAUACAUAGGUUGAAAAUGUACUUUUUAGAAAUCCAUAUUUGCAUUUCAUAUUUACAACUUUCCAUGCUGCUUUUAAUCAGUUGUAUAUUUAUAAUUAUUAUCAAUUACCUUGUUUUAUGUGUAAUGUGCAAUAUGUAAUUUGAUAUUUACCUCAAGUGUAUGCUUAUUUGAUAUUAAACUGUACUGUACUGCACUGUACUGUACUGUACU